AUGAGGAGGCAGAUUGCCAUCAUGAAAGAAAUUUUACCUAGUGUUACCACUACCAAAGAUGAUGAGACGAAGAUUUACAAAAUCAUCGCUACAGUAAACGAAGUUCAGUCUAUGGAAUUUAUUUAUUCAUUCUCAGAUGUUUGCAAAUAUCCGGAAGUGAUAGCCAGAGGAUUUGUAGUACCCAAAAACUUAACAGAACGCUUCAAUUCAUUUCCAAGUGACACUUGCAUGAUAGAUUUUAUACAGCAACUAAUGAAAUGUAAAAUCUUAUCAAUGAAUGAUGAAAACUCAAAAAUUCAGAAUAAUCAUUCACAAUACUCAAAACCAUCUUUUAACAAAAAUGCAUCAAUGAAAACUGCAUCUGACGUCAUUAACAGAAUAAGAUGGGACCCUGAUCUGGAAACCACAGAUUUCUCAGUUGGUUACCUCGAUCGCUUUCUGGGAGUAUUAGAAAAAAAAUUUGAUGCUUUCACAUGGGAAGACAUUGCUUCAGCUGACUAUGAUGUUCUUGCUAUCCCAAAACAUAGAAUUCAAUAUUUCAAAUAUAAAGAUAAAAUUGUUUGGGAUAAAAGAAAAAAAAUUGACAAUAUAUUUGGUUCCACUGGUAAUGGCCUGAAAAUUAACGAUAUAAUCGAUGAACAAGAUUGUGAUGACUACAUUGGCUGCAAGUAUCCUGCCUGUGAAGCUCUUCAAGAUGACGUUUCUAUUCUAACUGGCAAUGAAUUGGAUAAUUUGCAAAAGUAUGGUCCAAAACCAUCUCAUUUUUUGUGCCAACGGAUAUCCGAUAAAAAUGUUACAGAGAAGAUAUCUGAAAUACAAAAAGGCAUGCUGAACAUUGGUCCUGCAUUUGAGGAAAAUAUUAUCCCACCAACUUCUCUGCACUGCACGCUAUGUACUGUGAGUUUGAGUUCUCAAGAAGAUAUAUCAACAAUCUGUGAUAUCCUGGACGACAACAAAGAUGAACUGAAAGAUUUAUCCUAUGAUUUACAGAUAGAAAUUGAAGGCUUAAGCAAAUUUUUCAACAGAGUAAUUUAUGCUUCAGUUCUACCCAACGAAAAUUUAAAUAAAUUUGUAGAUUAUCUCAAAUACAUAUUGCAGGAGGGAGGGAUCCAGUUAUCCGACUCAUAUGAAUUUGUCCCACACGUGACCCUUCUCAAAUUAAGUCACGAUAGCAAAAGUGAAGUUCCAAAUAAGAUCUUAGAUCCAUUUUUAAAAAUAAAAAUUGGCUCUCAAACUUUAGAUGAAAUAAAUUUGUGUGAAAUAUCAAAAAUUAGAGACGAUGAUGGAUUUUAUAAAACUGUAAAAAAAUUAAACCUAGAUUGA